AUGGUGUCCCCGGCCUCCCCCUCGAUCAUCACCGACACGAGAGGAGACGAGGAGAUAAUUUUCCCCCGACCGCCCAUCCACCUCCUCGCCACGCCCACCUCUCCUCAUCCACCCUCCCUCACCUCCUCGCCACGCCCACCUCUCCUCAUCCACCCCCUCUCACCUCCCGCCACGCCCAUCUCCCUUCACCCACACUCUCAACUCGACUCCCCGCCCAAUGCCGCUCCGUCUCCAGCCACCCACACAGCGGCCUGCCACCACGCUCUCUCCUCCACGACGCCAGAUAAGUUCGGCCAGCCAUCCCCUGCACCAAACCCUCGUGCCACCCACACAAAGACCAUUAGAGGCCAUCACAUACACAAGCAGCACCAGACAAGCAGCGCGAUCCUGGCCACUGCCCAACACACAGUGCGUCUCCAGCGCCAGCUGUCAUCAAGUUGGAUCUUGGUCGCCGUCAUCCGCCCACACUCGCACCCGCGCCACCCUCCACACCCACAGGCCACUACCCACACCCACAGCCCACGCUCCACCGGCGCCACCCUACACACCCACAGUCCAGCCCACACCCACAUCUGCACCACCACACCCACACCAGCGCCACCCUCCACACCCACAGCCGCACCACCCUACACACCCACAGGCCGCACCUACACGCACGCCACCUCAAUAUUGCUCAUACAUAAAAUAACUAACACAAUCACCACAAGGGGCAAAUGA